CGAGGCGCGAGGACGCGCGCGCAGCCCCUCCCCCGCCGCCCCCUGAGGCAAGCGAAGGACCCCCGCCGUCGCCUCCCGGCCCUUUCUGCGAACCCCCGCAUCCCGGCGUCGGGAGAUGUGAUGAGGAGCCCGGAGCGGUUCCUGAGGAGGCUGCCAACCUCUCCGUCCUGGAUGUGGCCGGUGGAUCCAGGGCCCUACAGCUGACACAGUGACAAGAGCUGCCGAGCCUGGAGGUGGGGUAGGCGUGUGACCCACAGGAAGGAGACAUGGAGAGAGCGGGCAAGGCGUACGUGAACUGCAACGAGGAAGACGAGAUGGAAAUCUCCGGCUACAGCCCCUGCUGCUGGAAGCUCGCGCUGGUCUCGCUGGGCACCGUCUGCAGCGGAGGUUUCCUCCUCCUCCUCCUCUACUGGCUGCCAGAGCUGAGCGUCAAGUGGACCUGCCGUGCUGUGCCGCUGCGGGAUGCCCGGGUGCUGCUUCUGAGGACCACGGAUGAGUUCCGGACCUGGUCCAGGGUCCGGGUGUGUUCUCUCUCUGCCCCCGGAUCUGACCCCUUGGGCUUUCCCCAGCUGGCGGAGAGCAAGAGGCCCCUGUGCCAGGUCAGCCAGCUGGAGGAGUGGGAGUGUGAGGAGGGCUCUCUGUCCCGGCCCGCCUGGGGGGAGCAGACAGAGACCCGCUUCUUUCUCCACCACAAUGUGCGCUACCUCUGGCAUGCUGCCUGCCAGUCCUUCCGGCGGCUCCGGGCCCUGGACCUGGGGCUGCCUUGCUCUUCCCUGCACGGCCGCCAUGCGACUGGCCUCCCCCGCAGCACCCAGGACUACCGGAGGCUUUUCUAUGGAGCCAACCAAAUCGGUGUGGAAGUGCCUUCCCUCCCCAAACUCCUGAUCAAGGAGGUGUUGAACCCCUUCUACGUUUUCCAAGUCUUCAGCAUGGUCCUGUGGUCCCUGGACGACUAUUACCAGUACGCCUCCGCCAUCCUCUUCAUGUCUGUCGUGUCGAUCUGCUUCUCCCUCUACACCAUCCGGAAGCAAUACGUCCUGCUGCAUGACAUGGUUGCCGCCCACAACAUCAUCCGGGUGACGGUUUAUCGGGGGCCGUGUGAGACGGAGGAGGUCUUCUCCACUCAGCUGGUGCCAGGGGACGUGCUGCUGGUGCCGCCAGGUGGGCUGACCCUGCCGUGUGAUGCUGUCCUGCUGAGCGGCACGGCCAUCGCCAACGAGAGCCUGCUCACAGGCGAGAGCGUCCCUGUGACCAAGACGGCCCUGCCUGACCCAGCCCAGGGCACCAGCAGGCCUCUCCAGGAUCCCAUCUACGACCCGGAAGAGCACAAGCGGCACACGCUCUUCUGCGGCACUUCUGUCAUCCAAACGCGGUACUACUCCGGGGAAGCUGUACGGGCGCUGGUCAUCCGGACAGGCUUCUCCACCUCCAAGGGGCAGCUGGUUUGCUCCAUCUUGUUCCCAAAGCCGACAGACUUCCGCUUGUACAGAGAUGCCUACCGGUUCCUCCUGUGCCUGGUGGUGGUUGCUGGAGUCGGCAUGCUGUACUCCGUGAUCUGCAGCGUGCGGCAGGCCGAAGCGGUGGACCGCAUCAUCCGGAAGUCCCUGGACAUCCUGACCAUCACGGUGCCCCCUGCCUUGCCAGCUGCCAUGACCGCCGGGGUGGUGUACGCCCAGUGGCGCCUGCGGGAGAAGCGGAUCUUCUCCAUCAGUCCUCAGCGCAUCAACAUCUGUGGGCAGCUCAACCUGAUGUGCUUUGAUAAGACGGGGACCCUGACGGAGGAUGGAUUAGACCUCUGGGGUUUUGUGCAAGCACAGGAUGGAUGCUUCCUCCCCGCAGGCCAGGACCUCCGUGCCGCCAGCUUGACGGGCUCUCCCUUUGUGGCCACCAUGGCCGCCUGCCACUCGCUCACCACCAUCGGGGGACAACUCUCAGGGGACCCCCUUGACCUCAAGAUGUUUGAGGCCACCGGCUGGGCCCUGGAGGAGCCUACUCAGGAGGAGACCGCCCUGCACGACCAAAUCCAGCCCACCAUUGUGCACCCUCCUGGCCAGGCGUUGCCUGGAGCCCCAGCAGAGGAGGAGCUCCUGGAGCUGAUGAAGCUCUACCAAAUUGGGAUCCUGGUGCAGUUCCCCUUCUCCUCCAGCCUCCAGCGCAUGAGUGUGGUGACCCGGACUCUGGGCGAGAAGCGGCUGGUGGCCUACAUGAAGGGGGCCCCCGAGACUGUGGGCAGCCUCUGCCGCAAGGAGACGGUUCCAGACGACUUCUCGGCGGUGCUGGAGUCCUACACGCGCCAGGGGCUGCGGGUCAUUGCGCUGGCGAGCCGGCGGCUGGAGAACAGGUUCACCUGGCACAAGGUCCAGCACAUCAGCAGGGAUGUCAUCGAGUGCCACAUGGACUUCCUGGGCCUCGUCAUGCUGCAGAACAAGCUGAAGCCAGAAACGGUGCCAGUCCUGGCAGAGCUGCGGAGGGCCUGCAUCCGCCCCGUCAUGGUGACAGGAGAUAAUCUGUUGACGGCCAUCUCUGUGGGCCGCGAGUGUGGGAUGAUCCCAGCCCAGGGGAAAGUGGUUGUGACUGAAGCCCUGCCCCCCAGGGACGGGCAGCCCGCCACCAUCCACUGGCAGUACGUGGACGAGCUCCCGGGGCCGGACCCCGCGGACAAGGCAAGCAAAGAGGAGAUCAAGCUGAUGCUGGGUGAGGCGGAGGAGGAGCUGCCCCGGCCAGAGGCCCCAGACACCAGCUACCAUUUCGCCAUCAGUGGAAAGUCCUUCUCUGUCCUCUUGGAUCACUUCCCUGACCUGCUGCCCAAGCUGCUGCUCUGUGGCACCGUCUAUGCCCGCAUGGCCCCAGACCAGAAGACCCAGUUGGUGGAAGCGCUGGCGAAAAUAGACUACUCCGUGGGCAUGUGCGGGGACGGAGCCAACGACUGUGGGGCUUUGAAGCAGGCUCACGCCGGCAUCUCCCUUUCUGAGCUGGAGGCCUCCGUGGCUUCGCCUUUCACCUCCAAGACACCAAACAUCUCCUGCGUCCCAGACCUCAUCCGGGAAGGCCGUGCCGCCCUUGUGACCUCCUUCUGUGUCUUCAAGUUCAUGGCCCUGUACAGUAUCAUCCAGUACCUCAGUGUCCUGCUUCUCUACUCGAUUCUGAGCAACCUGGGGGACACACAGUACCUCUUCAUUGACGUGGCCAUCAUCAUGUCUUUGGCCUUCACCAUGAGUCUGAACAGCUCGUGGAGGCGCCUGGUGCCCCAGCGGCCGCCCACCAGCCUGGUCUCGCCGCAGCUGCUGCUCUCCGUGCUCACCCAGAUCCUGCUGUGCCUGGCCUUCCAGGUGGGGGCUUUCCUCCUGGUCCAGGGACAGCCGUGGUAUCGCCCCAAGGAGGAGGAUGCAGGGAAGUGCGGCUCCCUGCCCAACGCCUCGCUGGAUGCCAACGGCACGGCAGGGCCGAAGCCGGAGGAGGAGGAGGAGGAGAAGGAGGAGGGCUCCGUGCGCAGCUUUGAGAACACCACCCUCUUCUACAUCUCCUGCUUCCAGUACAUCGCGGUGGCGCUGGCCUUCUCCAAGGGCCGGCCCUUCCGGCAGCCCACCCACAGCAACGGUUUCUUUGUGGCCUCCCUGGCUGCCACCUCUGGCUUCUUGCUUCUCCUCCUGCUGUGGCCCAUCUCUGCCCUGGACGAGCGCUUCGAGCUGGACUGCAUCCCCUACGAGUGGAGACUCAUCCUGCUGGUCCUGAUGCUCAGCAACUUGGUGCUCUCCCUCUUCCUCGAGAAGUUUGUCUGUGACUGCCACAUCCUGUGGCAACGUGUUUGCUAUACCAGACGGAAGUACGAAUAUCCGAACCAGGCCACCUACCCGCAGCUGGAGCUGGACGAAAUGGCCCCCAGCUACACCUGCCGCUGGCACGCUCCCCCCCGGGCCAAGUACAAGCGCCUGGCCCAGGAGCUGCUCUUCGACCCAGACUGGCCGCCGCGGCCCAAGACCAGCACCAAGGCCCCGGGGCCCCCAGCGGAGAGCAGCGCCUGAGCGGCGGCAGCAGCAGCAGCAUCGUCUCAUCGUCUCAGGCUGCAGACGUCCCCCGGGCCAGGCCUGGCUGCCGCGCUCGCUCUGGGCUCCUUGCCGUCGGGAGGGGCCGGGGCCGGGGGGGGGCAGAAGAGCUCCGUUUCCCAGCCCCUCCCUGCCCUGUGAGUCGGUCCUAACAAAACUGCGCCCCCCCGGGCUCCUUGCCCCGCCCCGCCCCAGUUGUGCUUCUCGGCCUCUUGGACGGCACCAAGGUCCGGCCCGACUGUCUGUCUCAGCCGGGAGAAGACUCCUUCCUUCAGCUCCGCGGGGAGUCGGGUUUGCCAAAGAGCGGCUCUUCAGGGCCCCGGCAUCCCCCUCUCGGAAGCGCCCCGGGCCGGAUGUGGUGGGAAGACGGAUCUCCACGCUGGGGAGGCGGUUCCUGCUUCGGGGUGGAGGGGUGGCGGCUCAUCCUAAUGAGGCAGCAGUGGGCAGGGGGACACCAGAAAAGGGGCAGCUCUGUUUGUGCCUCUCACAUCCUGCCCUGCAGGCUGGCCAUUCAUCAGGUACAGCUGUGCAGGCUGCAGAGAGUGUGGCUCUCGCUAAUGCCAGGCGGGAUGGGGGGGAGAGAUGCAGACGGAGCUGCCGGGAACCAGAGGUGACUGUGCCUCGUUAGGAUGACCCACUGCUGGGGGGGACGGGACACCAGUGUGUGUGUUGGGACUUCUAAACUUCUUUUGGGUUUGGUUUGGUUUGGUUAGGAGGAAACAUGAUUGUAUAGGGAACUUUUAAAUUAUUAAUGAUCGUGGGAGCAAAAGAGGGGUUGAGAAGACAUUGUGUUUGCCUGUUUUACUCCCUCCCCCUUUCCCUCCUUCAGUUCACUCUUCCCCAGCGGGGGUGUUUGGGGGGGGGCUUUCCCCGUGAAGCUCAAGCUGGAAUCGGCUUCACGUUCCCAGACCCCUGCCCAGCAGCUGCUCUUCACAGACAUGACCUGUGUUCCCUGUAACAGAGAUUCCCAAAUGUGGUUGACUACAACUCGCAUCAUCCCCAGCCAAAGGCCACUGCUGCUGCGGAUGAUGGGGGUUGUAGUCAACAGCAGCUGGGAAUCCCUGUUGCAGGGAAUUUGGCCUGUGGCCGCUCUUCCCUGCCUUUACCUCAAAGGGGAAUGUGAUGGGGUUUCUUUCCUUUAUGGGCUUGGAAAUGUCUCUCUGCAUGCCCUCGGCCUGGCGACCCACCUGGCGGCGUGACGAAGAUAUGCUCUUGUGCAGCCUCGCCAGUCUCAUGAUGGAAUUAAAGCUUCAGGCUUAGCACAA